ACACGAUCCAAAAAGUUCUAGUAAAGAGUUUGACCCUAGUGAUCCACUAGUCGAUGACCUUUCGAGUGAUGAUUCUGACUCACAAGCGGAUCCCGAAGAGUCUGAAUUUCCACCGUCGAUUUGUGAUGUUAACGAAACGAAAGGUCCUAAAGUGCUAGAUUUCUUAGCCAAACGAGUGAACGAAUCGUUCACCUCGAAGCCAAUGGAGGAUAGAAUGAAACCUCUUGUGGAUAAAUAUCGCACUCCCGAAAAUUGCGGGCUAUUGUGCGUUCCACCAGUAAAUACUCCACUUUGGAACGAAUUGUCCCACAGGGCCAAAACGGCCGACUUAGGACUUCAAGAGGUGCAAAAAUCUGUUGUCAAGACUGCCCAGGUAAUAGUUUCACUUACUGAAACUGUGAUUCAAGCCAAGAAAAAGAAAGAGCUAAUGAAUCCUAAAGAUCUUGUGGGCUCGUUGUCCGAGGCCAUUUCUUUCAUCGGCAAUGCCGGUUACCAAAUGUCAUUAAAGCGCCGAGAACAUCUUAAACCCGAGCUAGGCAAAGGUUAUAAAUCAUUGUGUGCACCAUCCACUCCAAUCUCGGAGCUUCUCUUUGGCGACGACCUGUCAAAGAAUGUAGACGACAUCUCUAAAGCGAACGGGAUUGCCACAAAAAUUACAGGAAAUGAUCGAAGUGGAGGCAAUCGAAAACGCAAACGCGAAAACUACAAGCCUAGGGAUCAUUUUUUAUCCCGAAGAAACCCGAGUUCAUCUGCUCGGGACAAUCGCGACAACUACGAGAGCUACAAACCACAACGCCGCCCGUUCAACCAGAACAAACCCCAAACCAAAACACAAGAUUCAUACAAGGACAAGUGACCAAUGUAAGUGUCACACCUUCUAUAACAAGUUUUACAAUGGCCGGCAAUUUAGCUCUCAAGAUUGAUGAAUGGUCUAAGAUCACUUCUGAUUGCUGGAUUUUGCAAUCAGUCAAGGGUUAUCGACUCGAAUUCGAGUCAAUCCCGAAGCAAUUCAGAGCCCCAAAACAACGCUCUUUACCCUCAGAUGAGUGCGUGUUAAUCCAAUCUGAAAUCCAGAAGUGAUGCUCUAAAGGAGCUAUUGUAGAGACUAAUCAUUGCCCUAACGAGUUUAUCUCUACUUUGUUUCUGGUACCGAAAAAGACAGGUGAUCUUAGACCAGUUAUCAAUCUUAAACCUUUAAACGAAUACGUUCGUAAGAUUCG